UCCCAAAGCAUCAUGGCAAGUUAUAGCGAGUGGGGAAGUUGCUGGGCUUUCAUCAGGCAGGUGUCUUUCUCAGGGGGACUUUUUACGUGCUGGAGGUAGUGAGAAGAAGGAAUUUUUUACAGCUUACUGUUUAUUUCUCUCUUUACCUCCUCAUCAAGGUGGGCUUUUUUUUUUUGGAUGUUCGCAGACAUGGUGUCCAAGCUGACAUCUCUGCAGCAGGAGCUUUUAAGCGCCCUGUUAGACUCCGGAGUUACUAAAGAUGUUUUGAUCCAGGCGCUGGACGACAUGGAGCCGAGCCCGGCCAGUUACGGAGUUAAACUGGAGAACCUGCACAUGUCUCCGCCGCCGCCGCCUAAAACUAACGGCAGCGACGUGGAGGCCAAGCCGGUCUUUCAUACGCUGACCAACGGGCACAGUAAAGGGAAGCUGUCGGGGGACGAGGGCUCGGAGGACGGAGAUGAUUACGACACGCCGCCUAUCCUGAAGGAGCUGCAGUCUCUCAACACGGAGGAAGCGGCCGAGCAGCGCGCAGAGGUGGACCGCAUGCUGGCUGAGGACCCGUGGCGUGCCGCGCGCAUGAUCAAGGCCUACAUGCAGCAACACAACAUUCCGCAGCGCGAGGUGGUCGACGUCACUGGCCUCAACCAAUCACAUCUCUCUCAGCACCUGAACAAGGGCACGCCCAUGAAGACGCAGAAGCGCGCGGCUCUUUACACCUGGUACGUCAGGAAGCAGCGCGAGAUUCUGCGACAAUUCAACCAAGCAACACAAGGGUCUGGCAGUAGUAUGGCAGACAAAAGCAGUCAGGAUCAGGUGCUCCUUCUUUUCCCAGAGUUCAGUCAGCCUGGACCGGGCAUUGGGCAGCCUGGAGAUGAUGCUGGCACUGAACCUGCCCUCAAGAAACUCAGACGCAACCGCUUCAAGUGGGGGCCUGCGUCCCAGCAGAUCCUCUACCAGGCCUAUGAACGGCAGAAGAACCCAAGCAAAGAAGAGCGGGAGGCUCUGGUAGAAGAAUGCAAUCGGGCAGAGUGUCUACAGAGAGGCGUAUCACCAUCUAAAGCCCAAGGGCUUGGUACCAAUUUAGUCACAGAGGUGCGCGUUUACAACUGGUUCGCCAAUCGGCGCAAAGAGGAAGCCUUCAGGCAGAAGCUGGCUAUGGAUGCCUAUGGAGGGCAAAGCAUCAACCCUCUCCUCACACACAGCUCGCCACACCAUUCUCAGGCCAGCACCUCUCCACCCAGCAAGAUGCAAGCUGUCAGGUACAACCAGGCUCCCAGUGAAGUCAGCUCCUCUAGCACUAUCAAUCACCACAGCAUGACGAGCAGCCAGUCUGUACUGCAGCAGGUCUCCCCCGGUGCACUGGACCCCAGCCACGGCCUGCUGUCACCUGACGCCAAGAUGAUCUCAGUAUCAGGUGGAGGUCUUCCACCAGUUAGCACCUUGACCAACAUCCACAACUCCCACCAUGCUCACCAGCAAACACAGAACCUCAUUAUGCCCAUUUCUGGAGUCAUGGCCAUUGCACAGGGUCUGAGCACAUCGCAGGCACAGACUGUGCCAGUAAUCAACAGUGUGGCAGGAAGCCUGGCCACCCUACAGCCCGUGCAGUUCUCACAGCAGCUGCAUAGCUCUCACCAGCAGAGUCUCAUGCAACAGUCCCAUAGCCACAUGAGCCAACAGCCCUUCAUGGCCACCGUUACACACUCACAUAUGUAUCCACACAAGCAGGAGCCACCACAGUAUUCCCACCCAUCACGCUUUCCGUCCGCCAUGGUAGUGACAGACAACAACAGCCUCAGCACCCUCAGCUCAAUGUCCUCCACCAAACAGGAUGCUCCUGUAAACAAGAUGGUGCAACUGGGGGGUCUCAACUGGUGUCCUCUGCAAGCCUGGUGAGCAUAUCCACCUGACUUCCUCAAUGCCUAGCAACAGGAGCACAUUUCUCCGGCUCUCUCCCUGCUGUAUCUGUGGCAACUCCUAAUCACUGGCAACAGUGCACUGGAAGAUGAGCUGGUCACUAAUGUAGGGACUGAAAAAAAGAGGAGAGCAAUCAGAAAGGAGACUCUGCCUUAGUCUAACUGUACCAUGGAAAGAUGGGAGGAUCACCUGGAAACUACUACAGUUGAACAAUUUCCAAGCUAGCCUUUUGUAACAGUGUUUUGCUUCCAACCACUAAAAAGAGGAUGAUUCUGACAUCUUUUAGGAACAAAUGGAAAUGGUGUGCAGUGGGGGUGUUAAACUGGCACGAUUUUGUACACUCACAGGGUUACCAAAUGCAAAAGGAUGACCAAUGCUCCAUUUCUGGCCAAGCUGACUCUUUAAUGGACUCUUAGGAGGCUUCUCCUCAUCCUGUCCCUGGACUGUCAAUCUAAAACCUCUCUCUAUCAUCAUUGAGCUCACCUAGACAUAGAUGUUGUGUAAUGAGUUUUUGAAUGAAAUGACAAUCAGCUUAUUUUAUUUUCAACAUAUUUGUCAGAUCUUUUUGGGUAGAAGAUUAUGGACUGAAUGUGUUGGAUUUUCCUGCAUAUACAUUGCAGUGGGUCUUCCAUUUGAGUGGUUAAUAUGAGUAGUCACUGUUCUGUACAGUUGUAAAUAUGAAUGAUAAUUAUGCUAUGUCUUGAAAGAUGUACAUAUUUCAGGUCCAUAACUUUUCUUCAACAAACUGUGAUUUAGAAAUGACAAUCUUUAGAACAGAAAGGACUAUGCAAUGUACUGAAUGGCACAAAAAAAUGUGGGAUUUGCCCAUUUUCUGCAGGUUUAAAAAUAGUUACACCAGCAAAACAGCAAGACAAUAGCUUGUCAAAGCCAAGCUGCAGAUAUUGCACACUUUUUCCUUCUUUCCAUUUUGGCAUCUGAGAAUGAUACCAUGAAAAUGAAACCAUAACAUAAUACCAUUAUUCUGUUAGUAUAAAUAUUAGUGAUGGUAUCACAGACAGGCUAUUAAGAGCCUCUUGCUGUAUUAGUAAUUGGUAAUUGAGAGGCUGAUAACCGUGAGUAAAGGUGGUUGUCUGUCAUCAGGCCAUGUUCACCAGGACAAACAGUAUUACCCACUUAUGCAACUCUGAGGUACACAAAACAUGAAGUAAUAACCCAUAAAGUUAAACACUAGACACCACAUGCAUUAAAUUACUUUUUGGACUGCUAGAUUUGGAAAAGAGAAGAAUGUAAUUUUGUUAGUUUGCUUUGUUCUUUUAACUCUCACCUGUUGUUCUUGCUUUCCAAAAGGUCAUUUAUUAAUGCUUUUAUUGAGCAUAUGCCACUUGGUUACAAUGCCAUUCUCAACACAUACCAUUAGAUUUUCUCAGUCUUGUAUUAUUUUUGUAUAAAAUGAAAAUCAAUCUUUUAAAAUCAUUAUUUAUACUGUGAGGAAAAAAAUGAUGAUGUCUCAAGUAAAGGCUCUUUCCAAGA